AUGGUCAAGCAGCUAGGUGGCGAUGGAUACGACAUGCACAGCAUAACUUGCCGGGGUUAUUUGGGUAACCUGAAGCGCAAAAACAUGGUCUUUGUCAAAGCCGUUGACCUUGACGUGGGAAAUAUUGUUGGCUACGGUGGCUGGGUCUUUCCGCACGUCAAGCAGGCUUUGAUUCCGUGGACUGGUCCAGCAGAUGCAAAGCCGCAGGAACAAGCAACGGAAACGGAGGCUGGCGACAAGGUGACACAGGAGCCAGAUUCUAAGAGGGAGCCGGACGCCAUCCAGCGACUACACGCUUUGGAGGACGAGGACAUGCAGUAUUUUCAGCACAAGCUCAUCCCAGCCGGCGAGCCAUGCAUGAUUGCAUUGGGUCUCGCUGUUGCGCCGGCGCCUCGGUCGCGGGGUGUCGGCAGCGCUCUCCUCGGGCACGGCAACGCCAUCGCGGACCAUCUGGGACUCCCCAUCUGGGUGCACUCGUCGCACCAGGCGGUGGAUGCCUAUGAAAAAGCAAAAGUCGAACCCAUCAGGGUGCUGCAUCUUGAUCUAGACGAGUACGCGCCGCGGUCGCCUAGGGAUGACGAGCCGGUCAUGAGCACAAAGGGAAGCGGAAAAUGGGGACACUACGUGAUCCAGUAUAUGAAGCGAGAGCCUAGAGAGGUCAAUGAAGAGACAAUGUAG